AACCCCUUCUUCCUGUUCCAUUCCCUAAAGGAUUUAGUGGCAAUGAAAGCAUGGCCAUGUUAGCUGUUUUCUGGGAUGAUGCUGACCUCACAUUAGGAGAUGGAAAAUUAUACUACAAGGAAUAUUAUCAGUUGAACAUGACAGAUGUUUACUCGCAAAUAGUCUUCAACCGGACAUGUGCAGAUGUGACUCAGUUUGAGUUAAGAAGAGGGAAACCUGCAUUCACUCCCACAUGGAUUCUGAAAAUUACAUGGGACCAUGUCCUGCCCAUCUCCUACCAGACAAUCAACUUGUCUGAGACAAACACAUUCCAAGCAAUCUUGACCACGGAUGGUAUUCGUUCGUUUGCCUUACUUCGUUACGGCAACAUGAGCUGGGGGCCAGGACAGAGGAUUUACCAUGAUGCUCUGAUAGGCUACACUGAUGGCAUCAGCACCUUCUACAAUGAAAGUCCCAGCCCAACUAGCAAUCCAUUUGGCCCAGGCGGUCGUUAUCGACCCCAGAGCAUUGUGGGCAACACAGGCCAGUUGGGGCAGCUUCUGUAUGACCUGACUGGAGAUACAGUGAUCAGAUCAGAUCCUCAGAAGCAGUGCCAGAUCUGGGCUCUGAAAGAGCCAGAUCCCAAAGAGUGGACACUAGAGCUGGCACUAUGCCCUUGUACACGUGCUCAGGCACUUGACAAUGUGUCAUUUGGUCCUGAGACAUUACCACUGAAGAAUGCCACAUAUGUACAGAAUCUGCGGGGUCUUCGUUGGGGUGGAACUGCAAGUCAAGUGUUUCAGUCAAUACUCUUCAACAAGCAAAAUGCAGGAAAGAGGUGUGUGUAUCAUCCCCAAGGCUCUCUUCUGGCUGGCUACAGCGAACGAUACUUUACAAGUGACAAGAUACAAGAGCACGUUGAUAUGGAUCUCAUGCCUUUUCAGUGGUGCUGUGUCCAGUCUUCCUUUUGCCAUCUUUACCUGGCUAAGAGACCACUAGACCGAUGUCAGGGCUAUGGAUGGACUCAUACAGACCCAAGCAUUCCAGAAAGAACAGGAGCACCUGGCCUUGGUUUGGCAUACGGAAGCCUCCACUUUGUUACAUUUGAUGGAACUAACUACACCUUCAAAGCCCUAGGAGUGUUUGUAAUUGUGCGUCUGUCCUCUGGUAAAGGCUCCAAUGUGUUCACUCUGCAGGGAGAGACAGGAGUGCUACAGAUUAAUGGGCAGCCCAGAGAAGUGCCAGCUUUAGUGCGCUUAGCUGCAUACCAUCAGGCAUUCGGCAAGGUGGAAUGGCGGAGCUCUGUGUCUGAAGAGAAGCUCAUUGUACUAAUCAAUGAUGUCGAGUUUCCUGUGUUUGCAGGUGUAGUACAUUCUGUACAACAAGGCUUUGCAUUGCGCUGUCCCACAGUGCAGCACUGUGCUACCAUCUAUGAAGGAGGACUGAAUGUGGCUGUGUGGAUGGGAGACGCCAGGAGACUCGCUACUCUGGUGGAGGUCCCACAGAACUUUUACAACCGCACCGUGGGCCUCCUGGGCCUCUGGAGUGCCAACACUUCCGAUGACUUCCUCCUCUCCAAUGGAUACUGGCUGUCCUCACCUGACAACAACCCACCUUCUGAGAACAGACUCCUGCUCUUUGGACAGUCAUGGGCUGUUCCUCUUCCAGAGAGUCUCCUAUUCACCACUUCUCCCUUAACACCCUUUCAGCCUGUGAGCACAGAGCUAUUGAUGGCAUCAGUUAGCCCAGACGCACUGUCCAGACUUCAGGAGACAUGCAAGGGCAGCAUGCAAUGUGUGCAUGACAUUCUAGCCACAAAUAACACUGAUCUGGGUCUACAGAGUCUGCAGGAUCAAAAGCAAUUCUAUAAGCUUGCGGUUUCCUUUGGUAAUAUACCACCCGUUUUGAGUGAGCCUACGGUGAUCCGCUGUAAGGUGAACACGACAAUAAGAGUGCAGUUUGUAGCACAGGAUGCUAACAGAGACUCAGUCAGCUUCUCCCUGCUCUAUCCACGUCCACCUUUGGCCUCCAUAGGAAAAGAUGAUGGAGUUUUAGUGUGGACUCCAUUAAAUAUUCAACCCGUGCUGCUCACUGUGCAGGUGAGUGACCAUAUGUCCAGCUCUCUGCUUAUCCCCAUUCUGCAGCUCUGCAGCUGUCUGAAUGGAGGAACCUGCCAGUACCAGAGUGUGGCAGAGAACCACUUACAGGGAAAAUUCCAGGUUGUAGGGUGUCUAUGCCCACCAGGUUUUGGUGGACAAUACUGUGGAAAUAGAACUAAUGUAUGUAAAGGUCAGCCUUGCUUCCCUGGAGUAGACUGCUACAGUCAGACAGAAGGGGACAGUUUUAGCUGUGGAAAAUGUCCAUCCACCACUGUGUCUAAUGGCAAAGAAGGUUACAAAUGCUUUGAGAAUGACUUCUGCCUUCCUCCUUUUCGUUUUCCCUGUCACGAGAUGGCAGACUGCUACAGCACUGGCUAUAACUACACAUGCCUCUGUAAGCCUGGCUUUUCUGGUGAUGGGCAUGAUUGCACAGAUAUAGAUGAGUGUCAGAACCCUGAAACCUGCCCAAAUGCAAAGUUUGAGUGUGUGAACACACCUGGCUCAGUGUACUGCUCCUGCCGCUAUCAGAGCUCCCUGGAUUCCAAUGACUGUGGUGAUUCUCCAAAUACUACUGGAUGGAAUAUUUUUAAUGUCUCAGUCACCUGGAGCAGUCAAAAGUCUAGACAAGAGCAACAAAAACAGCUAGAGCAAAUCCUUUCGAAGGGUUUCCAAAAUAAAUUCUACAGCACAAUAUCCCAGCCUAACUCAGGAUCAGAGGAAGGGAAUGAGCACAGAAUCAAUGUGUCCAGUGACACUCCUCAUUGGUACGUCAUGGACUACCUGAGACGAGUCGGUCACUACUACGGCAUCAGAUCAGCUUACGUAGGAGACCUAGAUGAGUGCCACACCAACAAGACUCUGUGUACACAACCAGCUGUGUGUUACAACACUUACGGAGGCUACAGAUGUGUGUGUAAUGGCACUGAUAUGAACAAUGAACAAUCUUGCAUUUUAGAAAGGGAUGGUCUUAAUAAAUCAAGUGGCAUAUAUGCUACAACAUGGGAAGAUAGUAAGGCCCUGAUUCUUGGUUUGGUCCUGGGCAUCGGUAUCCCUCUCCUCCUCCUGCUGCUGCUGGCGGUUCUGGCCUGCUUCUGCUGCUGUAACAGGAAAACUGUGACUGGAGAAAUUCCUCACUUACUGCCGGAAUAUGUACAGGAGCAUUUCAGCUCUCAUUUCAACUACAGCAACCCUGCCCUGCACUACAAAAGCCACAACAGCCAACGUAUACUUGACAACAUCACACCCAGAAACAAAAGUUAUAAUCCAGCUUGUCCCACUUACGCCACCUGCUCUCAUGACUGCAGUUGUAUGCAUGCUGAAGAAAAGAAGAUAAAUAUAUAAAAGAAAAUGUGUACCAAAUAUUAAUGAUUGCUUUUUUUUUAACUGUGCACUUUGAUCAAAUGUAAAAGAUAUUAAUUACACAUGUACGCUGAACUACAAGGUGUGUUCAUUGACCACUCAUUUUAUUUCAUUUAAUUCAUGAAGUUAUUACAUUGCACUAAUGUUUUAAUAUAAUUUAAACUAUUUACUCUGUCCAGAGCAUAUAUGCAAUUAUCAGUCAU